UGCAUUGGCCCCUAAAACUGACGACUAUAUCUCUGGGGCCAGAAAUAUAGUAGGCCAUCUAUUUUCUUCAACAAAUUGUCAGCUCAGAUGGGCCAUUAACUGAAUGCUCCCUCACACCACUUUUAUUAAUAGCUUCCAGAGAGAGGCUGGCGUGCAGAGGCUCAGCUGCCACUUCUCAUGGCCCGAGUUCUGCGAUGAACGCCGGGGCUUCCAUCAGGAGUUUGUGUAUGAAGUCGCCAUGUUCUCUGCGGCCUGUGGCUUCCCCUGGCCUGACGUGAUCCGGGCAGCUGUGAUCGCCAAAGACCUCUUCCCGCAGCUGGACGAUCUUGACGUACCCAAACUACUGUCCCUACUGAGAGAAGCGCUGCCUGAGCAUUUGCCAAACCUUACCUCUGUCCACCAACAUAAGUUCACCCAGUUCCUCACAGACACCUGCAUCAACCGGCGGAGGCUUUUCCAGGCGGUGGUAGGGGGAGCUGCUAACAUGUCCAUCGCUCAGCUACACUUAGAGGUGCAGUUACCACCCACACCCUGUCCUCUAGCACAGGGCACAGAUCUGCAUGAGUGGGAGCAUCAGCGUCAUCAAGCUGAGCUCAGCUCAAUGUUGCGACAUAAGGAGGAGAAGCUGCAGCUGCUUCGAGAAGGGUCAAGGGUAACUCUGGGGGAGGUUGAUGUUCCUGAGGAUGAGCAACUGGACAAGGAGGGUGUUUUGGCGUUGGUUCGUGCAGCUGUGAGGGCCACAGAAGGCCAGGUGCUGGCAAGUCUGAACCAAGAGACCUCCCUGCUCAGUGACAUCCUGCAGCUCAAACUGCAGCAGGCAGCAUUGGCCACCGGGAGGCUCCACAACCCUGUUACUUCCAACACAGGUCACGUCAACUUACUUCCAGAUGCACAAGCAAAGGCAAAGCUGCACACAGCAAAAGCAGGACUGAGGGAGUCUGGGAAUGCAGUGUGAAUAAAGCUAACAUGAAGAAAACAAAUAAAUGAAUCUCACUACUGUA